AUGUUGGUGGAGAAGACUUCUUUCAUACUGUUUUGUGGAAGUAAAUUGGUUGCUUUGCGUCUUUGUUUUCUCCUUCUCUCUAGCCAAACCCACCCACCUAUUCCGUCAAAUUUAGUAAAGACUUGUCUUUUUUCACCUGGGUUUUUGAAAACAAAGAAGAAAAAAGAUGGGCCUCUCAAACUUUCCUAGUCCAGCUGAAGGGGUACUCCCAGUGCUAGUAAUGAACACGGUUUUAUCAGUUGCUUUGUUGAAAAACAUGGUGAGAUCUGUGAUUCAGGUGAUGGGUGGUACAUGGAGUAAUCCUUCAAAUCCGGAGGAUGAAAGUAGUGAUGGGUUUAGUAACUUUAACUCUCAAGAGAAUGCAAGAGAAAGAAGAAUAUCAAUUACUCAGUUCAAGUCUUUGUGUGACAACAGUAGGUCUAAUAUGGCAAGAAAUAAUAGCAGUAAUAGUUCCGGUAUUACAGUGGAUUGUUGUGUUUGUUUAAAUGGAUUUGAAGCUGAUGAGGAGGUGAGUGAAUUAUCCUGCAAGCAUUUCUUCCACAAAGGAUGUUUAGACAAAUGGUUUGAUAACAAUCACACUACAUGUCCUCUUUGUCGAUCUAUUCUCUAAAAUAUUGUUAGUUAUUUAGUGGGUUGAGUUUUACAGGGAGCAAUAUUUGUUCUUUAUAGUUUCCUCUACGUUUUACUUUUCUUUUUCUCUCUUCAUGUUUAAUUUUUGUGCAAAUUGGAGAAACUUAAAUGCUUUUCCUUUUGCUAUGUUUUGUCUGUGAAGAUGCAAUAAUAAAAGGAUGAAGAGAUUGAAGUGUUUCA